UUAAGUUCUUAAGUGUUUUACGCGAAUCAUUAUCUUUUUGGGACCAAUUACAGAUUUUACUAUCUCUUAGAAAAACACCCUUUCACCCAAAAAACAUUUUUUUUUUAUUUGUUGAUUUUAUGUAUCUACUAGUUUACCUGUACUUUAUGAACUAUAAUUCUUAACAAAGAGAGAAGAGCUUAAGAAUUUUAACUCUUGAUACAAAUACAAGGACAUGACUACACAGCUACGCACAGACAAAGAAUAAUUUCCAAUUGUACACGAUUUCCCAUUAAAAACCUUCAAUUCGCAUUGUUUAUAUAAUAGCAAUUAAAGAUAGCAAUCUUAAUUAAAAUUAAACUAAUUUAAUCGCGAUAAUAACUAUAUGCUGUCAAGAAAAAGGGUUGACACGCACUUAAUCCAAUUCAAUUGAUUCUAUCAACAUUAAUAAUAAUUGUGAAAUAUAUUUUCAUAAAAAUACUUCACAAAUGCCCUUAAGUUAAAUAGUUUAUUUUUCAGAAUGUAUCGAGUGAGUUGGUUUUUUCUUAUAACUUGGUUUGCUAAGUUCCAAUUUUCAUCCGGAGUUCUACCUUGGCCCAACACUACAACUCAAAACUCGAAAUUAAUAGAAUUUAGUUUAUUCAUUACUCGAGAACAUUUUCCACGUUAUUCGAAAACCGUUUUAUUCUUUGAAUGUAGCUCUAAUACCGAAGCUUCAUAUAUUAAUUAUCAUUUUCAAAAUUUAAUGUCAAAGAAUUUAGAAGACAAAAUUGCUGUUCAAUUGAGAACAAACAGUUAUAUGGAACAACCCUGGGAUUAUUAUGUUUUUCUUGUCAAUUCAUUCGAUACAUUUCGGUAUUUAUACUUUUUUGAAAGUUUUUGGUUCUAAUUUUUUUAGAAUAUUUUUAUUUGCAGUUAUCUUCUUUCAAAAUUCUAUUCAAGCAAAUAUGAUCGACAUUUUCAUUUUCUAAUCAUUUUAACUGAAUGUCCUAAAAACUUGAAAAAUACAAUGAUAACAUUUUUCCAACUUUGUUAUGAUUUUAAUGUUAUCGAUGUUAAUAUUGUUUUGGAUCAUCCAGUUUUAGGUGUUUCAGUUUUUACUUAUUACCUUUUUAAAAAAGAUAAAUGUCGAAUUAUUAAGCCGGAACUUUACUUUCAAGCCAAUCAAGGUUAUGAAGCUUUGAAGGAAUUUUUUCCACAGAAACUUGAUAACUUUCAUGGUUGCCCAUUAAGGGUAACAAGUCGUCCUGUGGAGCCAUUUUUUAAGUUUAAAGGUGAUGGCAAUAAUCCAAAACCCGUUGGAGAUUGGGAGAAUCUUUCUGGAAUUGAAGGAAUGGUGUUGAAAACUUUGGCGAAAACUUUGAAUUUUAAAAUUCAACUUUUGCCAAUUCCUAGCGAACCGACAUUAAUGACAAAUACGACAGGUUAUGGAUGUUACGCUGAGUUAUUAAGGGGCAACGCUGAUAUAGCUAUCGGAAGUUUGAGUAACUCAGAUUUCGGUCGUCUCUGGUUCUCGGUGUCAGUACUUUAUCACUUUACACCUUAUAAAUACGUGAUUCAAGGCGGAAGAAUUCUUGACAGUAUGGAUCGCCUAUUUCGACCAUUAAGCUUUCGUGUUUGGAUGGCAAUCUUGUAUUUGUACCUUUUUGGAGUUCUAAUGAUUUAUGUUUUAAAAUAUUCCAAAUCAGCAAUUCGACAAUAUGUACAGGAGCCCGGAUGCACCAGAAGUCUUGAAUUAGCAGCAGUCUAUUUAGGUCAGCCAUUAACCCGGCCACCAAGACGAACUUUUCCGAGAACUUUAUUCAUCAUGUGGGUAUUUUUGACACUUAUUCUCCGAAGUGCUUAUCAAGGUUUACUCUACGAUGCUAUUCGACUAGAUAAGUUUUUAAAAGUUCCAUUGGGUUAUGAUGAUUUGAUAAAAUGGAAUUUUAUAAUUUACCUUUCACCAGAAGUCGCACAACUUGAAAUGUUUAAUGAAAAUCGAAAAUCAAUUCGUGUUGUUCAUGGUGAUUUUCGAACAAGACUUGAUAUUUUAGCUAAAAAUUCGGAUAAAUAUGCAACAAUUGCAAUGGUAGAGAAUUAUGUAAAUUAUAUGGAAACUGCUAGAUUUUUGGGAAUUAAUUUAUAUAUGAUUUCGGAGACAAUUUAUGUUAAUCAACUUGCAUUGUAUUUGCCUAAGCAAUCGAUAUUUUCAGCAUCGUUAAAUAAGAAAUUGUCAUCUUUUCAUAAUUCUGGAUUAUUGAUGCAUUUUCGGACAUGGUUUUCGACAGAGAAGGAAUUUUUUAAAUGGACAUUGGAAGAACCGCCGAUAAGAGCAAUAUCGGUAAUACGUUUGAAAUCGUUGUUUUGUAUUUAUGUAAUGUUGAUUAGUAUUGGAUUGGUGAUUUUUGUAUUGGAGUUGUUGUCGACGAGGGUUAAAAUUGUACGAAAAAUUAUUGAGUUUUUGAAUUUAUAAAUAUCUUGAAAAAAAAAAAAAACGUUAUUUAUUUAAAAGUUUACAUAUAACAAAAAUUAUUCAACUAUUGUAAAAUUUGUCGAGCUUUGAAUUGAGCUGAAACAUGCAUUUGAAAAUUUUGAAAAAUAGUUUUAUUAUAACAGUUUUUUCAGUUAUUAGUAAAGCUAAAAAACUAUAAGCAAAACAUGAGCGAUGUGGAAAUUUAUAAUACAUGGUAAAGACAAGAGGAAAAAUCGUAGCCUCAAUACUAAAAUGAAGAAAAAUAAAAAAUUUAUUUUUGGAUUUUUAAAAAAAGUUUCAAAAUUUUUGUUUUUAUGUGUCAGUCAAUAUGUAUUUUCUUUUUAAUAGCAUACUAAAACAAAACUAUUAAAAAAAAAGACUCAAUUUCAAAAAAAAAAUUCGAGAAAUUAAAUGGCAUACUUCGUUUUGAAGUCAAACACAUUAAGGAAAUUUUAUACUUAAGAUUAUUUGCUUUUUCAUAGCUGCCAUCGUUUAGAGGAUAUUAGCUUUCAGAGAGGGGACUAUACGAAAAAUCAUGUGUUUAGUCUUUUAUUUUCAACAUUUAACCUUAAGUAUCUCUUUAUGCACACAUGGGAUU